CAAAAUGAUCACCUGGUUGUGAGGUCCUUACAUCGAUCCAGACAGUGAUGCAUGUUCAUCAGCAGUCGCUUUAUUAUAAUAACAGCAUCCCUAAUAGGACACAAGAUAAGACACGGCGCUAUCAGACACGAUAACACUUAGAUUUGUACGACCAUAAUUAACGAGCCUUAAGGAUGUCUGCUCGGAGACCGAGAGGUUUGAACAGUGGCAGCUUUUGCGCAUGUCUCCCCGGCACAACGCCAUUUCUUAAUGCAAGCUAGCCUAAAACAAAUCCGAGACCAUGAUAGAAUCCCUCUUCUACUUAUUAUAUAUACUAGUCACCGCCUGCUGCGUAUCUAUUGAUUUCAGAACUAACUGAGCAAAAGUUCAGAGAGGGCCGGGGCGAGGAAAAAACCAAAAGAGAAGGGAAGGGAUUGGUGUCUGGUUUGGUGAGGAAGGCAGGAUAUGGACGAAGGCGACCGGUUCGGUACGGCCAGAGUUGGGGCCAAGUGCGGGCGCUGGAACCCAACCGCAGAACAAGUCAAGGUGCUGACUGAUCUCUUCCGCUCGGGGCUCCGAACCCCCAGCACCGACCAGAUCCAGACCAUCUCCUCCCACCUCAGUUCCUUCGGCAAGAUCGAGAGCAAGAACGUCUUCUACUGGUUCCAGAACCACAAGGCUCGCGAGCGCCAUCACAAGAAGCGCCGACGUGGGGGACCUGGACCUGGAGCCGGAGGAGGAGAGGACCACCUCCUGCUGCUCCCUGACAAGAGAGGAGCUAGAACUAGAAGCCUCCCCAGCAAUGACGAUUCUAGGAAGAGCGAACAGGAAGUGAUGUGGGAAGAGCGGCAGAGAGAAAUCGAGACGUUGGAGUUGUUCCCAUUGAAGUCUUACGACCUGGCAGCAGAGAAGUGGCGGUCAAUGAGAAACGAGUGCAAAGAAGCAGGUUUCCUGGAAGCUGGAAUGGAUCCACCGUUGGAUCUGAGUCUGAGGUUUUUGUAGAUGAGCUUAUAAUUUAUUCCCUUGCUGUUCAAUUUCUACCCAGAGAGAGGAAAAAGGCCAGAUGUUCUCGUAAAAAGUUCAAGAAGGGGAGAAAACAGCAGUGUCGCAAUUUAAGAACAUGAGAGGAGAGGAGAGGGAGGGAACUGCUGCAGUGCAUCUCCAUUGAUAAUAAUAUUUCUUCUGUUUGUUUUA